UAUGUUGCUUGAAAGCUACUUUAACUAUGUUGUUAGACAUUUUUCAUGAAUAUGAUCCUCAAAGGAAAUUCAGGAAUAAAAAAGACAAAAAAAAAGAAGCUAUGCAUUACUCACAAGGCAUUAUUUGAGAAUGGACUAAAGCUUUGAUUCCUUAAAAUUUGAAGAUCCUCCAGUCGUAGCUCCAUUUAUAUUUCCACCUGGACUCAAAGAUGGCGAAAGAGGAAGUGCCACUUGUACUAUGCGUUCAGGAGACAGACCAAUCGAAUUCCAGUGGAUGAAAGAUGGCAAAGAAAUAAAAGAAACGAACACUGUUAGAAUACAAUCAGUGCAGGAUUAUUCUGUCUUACUCAUUGAAUCAGUGACAUCUGAAAGUUCUGGAAAUUAUACAUGCAUUGUGAAGAACGCAUUCGGUAGCGAUCUCUACACUGCAAGCCUUACAGUGACAGCUCCUCCAACUUGGAUUAAAGAGCCGAAAGACGUUAUUACACAAGAAGGUGAAAGCUUAACUGUAGAAUGCUCAGCAGAAGGGGUCCCUACACCAAAAAUCACAUGGACUUCAGUUAAGUUGUGUUUUAAAACAAUCUGUUAA